UGCUAGAGAUUCUCUCUUUAGGAGGAAAAAUGGUUGGUUGGACUUCUCUGCACUAAGAAACGCCAUCCUCCAAAGAAAUGUUCCAGCUGCCUGAGACUGUCUGGUUUUGACCAAGUUCAAUGUAGGGAAGCUGAUGACACCAUGUUGUGCCGGGGACUCGGGCGCGAAAGUCUCAGGGAAAAUUUCUGGCCACAAAAGUUGAGCUCACCUGGGGCUUUUUGUGGGCCGUUUGGAGAACCAGGCUCAAGAGCCGACGCUGAGCAUCCUACCCAGCUGUCAAUGAAAGCCUCUGCAAAACCGCUAGUGCAUGGGAGUCAAGUAGCAGGCUUCAUCCCAAGGCAACUCGGAUGUGCGGCAUGACUGUGAACCUGGCGCAGUGGCACAGGAGCUGAGCAUGGCAGGGGGCAUGGUCUGCUGUUUGCCUUGGUGAGGAGAAAGAAGAUCAAGAUCACAUUGCGCAGUGCUGGAGCUACGACCCCCAGCGCCAAUUCCCACGUGCAGGGUGGCUUUCGCCCUGUGCUAGGGGCCGUCCCACGUGCGGCAGACAGAGAUGCAGCUCUGUUUUUUUGGGUGGCCACUGGGGCUCUCUGCCCCUCUCCCUUGUUGCAGUAUGGGGCAGUAAGGAAUUACAAAAUAGCAUGCAGGAGGAAGAGGGCUGUCUCUAGGAACUGGGUCUUUUGCAGAUGCCUCUUUAAAGCACCUACCAGCUUUUCACCGUGCUGCUGUUUUUUCCAGGCAACACCACACCUCCUGAGGACACUGGGGACAUCAGGUUUUUUGCUGAGCUUAGCAUCUUCCCACCAUCAUAGAGAAAGCUUCAGACAGACACUCAUCUGCCCUGAAGUAAAGAGCUGCAGCGGCCAUCAAGAAGCUUUUCCUCCUUUGCCUGUCCAAUCCCACCCCAUUACCAGACCUAACCUGCACAAUCUGGAGAGCUAACCCUCCCCCCCGCGCCUCCUACGAUGACUCACCAUUAUUUUGAACUUUGAAGAGAGGAACUUAUGGGGAUCUUGGAAGCCUGUAUUUCUCUCUAGGAUUUCCCCAGAGUCAAUUAAUCUGUGUCACUAAGAGACACUGAGAUUUGCUUCUCCAGCAGGCUAAAAUAUUACUCCCCCUCCCCCCGAUCAUUCCUCUGCCUUUUCAUGAGCCACUUCCAAACCUACGAACUUGUCCUUUCCCAGGAGAGUAGCCUUCCCCUGAACCUGAUCCCAGCACUGGGCAGCCAGAAGAGUUUAGAUUAAGGAUUUCUUUUAAACCUAAAUAUGACAGUUGCUACUGGAGACCCCACAGAUGAAGCUGCAGCUUUGGCAGGUCAUCCUCAGGACACCUAUAACCCUGAAACUGAUCAUGAAUGCUGUGAGAGGGUGGUCAUUAACAUCUCGGGGCUGCGGUUUGAAACACAACUCAAGACUCUAGCUCAGUUUCCAGAGACCUUGCUAGGGGACCCUAAAAAGAGAAUGAGAUAUUUUGAUCCUCUCCGGAAUGAAUAUUUCUUUGACCGAAACAGACCUAGCUUCGAUGCUAUUUUAUACUACUACCAAUCGGGUGGCAGGUUAAGGAGGCCUGUCAAUGUGCCCUUAGAUAUCUUCUCGGAGGAGAUCAGGUUUUAUGAACUUGGGGAAGAAGCCAUGGAGAUGUUCCGAGAGGAUGAAGGAUACAUAAAGGAAGAAGAAAGGCCUUUACCGGAGAACGAGUUUCAGAGACAAGUGUGGCUGCUUUUUGAGUAUCCAGAAAGCUCAGGGCCUGCCAGGAUUAUAGCUAUUGUCUCUGUCAUGGUGAUUCUAAUCUCCAUUGUGAGCUUUUGCCUGGAAACGCUGCCCGUUUUUCGGGAUGAGAACGAAGACCUGCAUGGCGGCGGGAUGAGCCAUGACUCCAAUCACAACAGGACCAUGAGCAAUCAGCAGUCGACCUCUUUCACAGACCCUUUCUUUAUAGUAGAGACACUUUGCAUCAUUUGGUUCUCCUUUGAGUUCUUGGUAAGGUUUUUCGCCUGCCCCAGCAAGGCUGGGUUUUUUACCAACAUCAUGAACAUUAUUGACAUUGUAGCUAUCAUCCCAUACUUCAUCACUCUAGGGACUGAACUGGCUGAGAAACCAGAGGAUGGCCAGCAAGGCCAACAGGCCAUGUCUCUGGCCAUCCUUCGAGUCAUCCGCUUGGUGAGGGUUUUUAGGAUCUUCAAACUGUCCAGGCACUCCAAAGGGCUGCAGAUCCUGGGGCAGACACUCAAGGCCAGCAUGAGGGAACUAGGCCUCUUGAUAUUUUUCCUCUUCAUUGGUGUCAUCCUCUUCUCCAGCGCCGUCUACUUCGCAGAGGCUGAUGAGAGCGAGUCUCAGUUUCCCAGCAUCCCAGAUGCGUUCUGGUGGGCCGUGGUUUCCAUGACCACAGUUGGCUAUGGAGACAUGGUCCCCACGACCAUCGGUGGGAAAAUAGUGGGCUCCUUAUGCGCCAUUGCAGGUGUAUUAACGAUUGCCUUACCAGUGCCAGUCAUAGUGUCCAACUUCAACUACUUCUAUCACCGCGAGACGGAAGGAGAAGAGCAGGCCCAAUAUUUGCAAGUGACCAGCUGCCCAAAGAUCCCCUCUUCCCCUGACUUAAAGAAAAGCAGAAGUGCCUCCACUAUUAGUAAGUCUGAUUAUAUGGAGAUACAGGAAGGUGUAAAUAAUAGUAAUGAGGACUUUAGAGAGGAGAACUUGAAGACAGCCAAUUGCACCCUGGCUAACACAAAUUACGUUAAUAUCACCAAAAUGCUAACGGAUGUGUAGUCCUGAAAACCUGUUAACAUAUUUAAAGCUGAAGUGGAACAAUUGCAGAUAUUGCAUAAUACCCUGCAUUGUAGUUAAAACAGUAUGUUCUGCAGUGUGCAUUUGGUUCUGCAUGGGAGGCAAUAGUUGUGUAAGUGACUUUCUAAACUUCUUAUUUAGACACCGAAUAAGCUUUCAUGCAAAAAUUGUUUUUUUACAUCACAGGUUUAUGAGUUUCCAAAGACAUUGAGCAUGUAGGCAUUCAAAACAAAAUUAUAUCACUUGCAAUCCCAGGGAUAUUGAACAAAAAAGUCAUUUGAGAAACCUCAUGUAAACAACAGUACCCACAAAUGUCAAGCAGAAAAAGUGUUUCACUGCACUCGACACAUACAAAAAUAUAUCCCAAGGAAAUAGCACACAUCUAGCUUCCAAGCAUAUGGAUUCAUAAUGAAAAGGUCAUGCAUAAUUUAAUUAAAGGAACAUACAUCCCGGCAUCCAAAUUACUUUAAGGCUCAGAUUUCUGCCUUGGAAAUGCCAACCAAGAAUACAUCAUGCAGGCUUGUGUUUCAUAACUGAAAAUGCUGCAUGCUGCAAUGGAUUCAUCCACUGCAAUAUGUCAGUGUGAGAGCUAGGGGAGAGAGAAUUAGCGUGACAGAACACUAUUUAUUAAGUCUUAAAUUUUCUAUGCUGGCGAUAGGAAGGGACACAUAAAAAUGAAGAGCCUGCUUUUUAUUUGGUGGGGUUUUUUAGGUGACACUUCCAUCUUCGCUAUCUCCAGGGUCACCAAAGAGACAUCCACUGACAUAUUCAAAAUGAGUUGAAAAAGCAUCUUUUUUUAGAAUACUGGAGUAAACUGUGCUGUGGUCUAUAAUAUAUUUAUACCACAGUGAAAUGUAAUCAGUAAUACAGUACUGCUGCAUGGAUAUUUGUUGCAUGACUCUUAAUAUUGAAUACACAUACAAAUAUAUUUUUCCUUAGUAGACUAUACAGUAUUCAUGUUUAUAGUGU